AUGGGUUAUAAUGGUACCUCAUCGUUAUCAGAUAAAGCAAAAUUGUUACGUUUAUGUCGUGAAACAUGCGCACGUUAUACGCAAUACGAUAUGAUACCAUUUGAUACAGACGCUGAAUUAGUUGACGUUAUAUUAGCUGUACCUUCUACUACUUUCAAUACAGUUAUACUUACAUUUGGUGCAAUAGGUGUGGUAUAUUUUAUUUUUUUUUUUAAUGUCGCUGCAUCCAUUCUUGCUAUGUUAUCAGUUGCAUCAAUUACUACGGGUGUUAUCGGUUUCUUACAAUAUUGGAAUUGCUUUUUGGACCCAAUAUUAAUGGUAGCAAUAUUGAUGACAGCUGGCUUAAGCACUGAUUAUGCUGCACAUAUCAUUUUUCAUUACAUGAUAAAUGGUUAUAGUGAUAAUGUUCAACGAAUUAAUGCUGCAUUUGAAGCAUGUGCCUUAUCAAUGCUGGAAGUAAUUAUUGAUUGUUGA